UAACGUGUAAUUGUUUAAUUAAUAAAUUCCAAUAAAUACAAAUACUCGUAAAUUAAGAAAAUGAUAAACAUGUAUAAAUUUCUAACAAUAAUCGCCGCCUUAACAUUAUGUUUGGCACCCCAACAUGCUGAGACAGCAAAUAUUUUAGCAUUUUUACCCUCCUGCAGUCCCUCACAUUUAAUCAUUGAAAUGGCCGUAGUCAAGGCCAUGGCCGAACGUCAGCACAAUGUCACUGUAGUCUCAGUAUUACCUCUAAAAACGGAGUGGAUGGAUCCCUCUAUGACACACAUAAAAUUGGAUAAGGGUGAGGUCGACAUGGAUGUUGCCAUAAAAAUAACAAAACUAAAAGGUUUUGAGAAAUUUCGUAAAUCAUUGGAUAUGAUGAAAAUGAUGUCAACACAAUUAGCGGUUAUAUUUGAAGAUCCUAAAUUUCAAGAGUUACUACACAAACCGGGAAAUAAAUUUGAUCUAAUGUUAUUUGGUUAUUUGUUUGGUGAUUUCUUUUUUGGCAUAGCAGAACACUUUGAUUGUCCGGUAGCUUUACUAUGGCCAAAUAUACCAAUAUCUCCGAUAUUAAAUAUGAUCGGUAAUCCGUUAGCAUUAUCGUAUUCAGUUGUUACUCUGCUGAAUAGUAUGAACGAUGAUAAUAUGGGUUUUAUGUUUCGCUUAAAGAAUGUUGCGGCUGUAGGGGGAGAAAUGUUAUUGUUGUCAACGCAAGAAAGAAGUCUACGAGAAGUUUAUACUAAAAAUUUUCCAGCAGAUAAGUAUGUUAGUUACGACAAAGCCAAACAACGUGUAGCCAUGGUUCUGUAUAGUCAUCAUUUCAGCGAGAAACCUAUUAGACCUUUAGUACCGGCACUAAUUGAAAUUGGUGGAAUACAUAUAAAUGAUGAACCUAAGGCCUUAACAAAGGAUCUAAAUGACUUCAUAAACUCUGCCGAAAAUGGUGUAAUAUUUUUCAGUAUGGGUACCAAUAUUAAAACUCAUCAUAUGCCAGAUAAUGCUUUGCUUAAAAUUUUCAAUGUCUUGUCGAAAUUGCCUCAAAAAGUUGUGUGGAAAGUAGAUGAUGAGUCACAGGUACCGGGAAAUUCAACAAAUAUUCUAUAUCGUAAAUGGUUGCCUCAAAGUGAUAUUUUGGGUCAUCCCAAUGUAAAAUUAUUCUUUGGUCAUGGCGGUAAGGGUGGCAUAACUGAGGCUAAAUUCUAUGGUGUCCCCAUAGUGGGCUUACCUAUAUUCGGUGAUCAACCCAUGAAUAUGGUGGAAGUGGUAAGCAAAGGUUAUGGUCUUAGCAUAGAUAAUGAUAAACCACUUACUGAGGAAAUUAUAUAUAAAACUGUUAGAGAAGUUUUAGAAAACCCUAAGUUUACUAACUCUGUAAAAAGGUUUUCAUUGCUAUAUCGCGAUCGUCCUUUAAAAGCUAAAGAGACUGCAGUUUAUUGGUUGGAAUAUUUAAUCAGAUACAAAGGAGCGCCUCACAUGCAAAGUCCCCUCAGAACUAUGUCAUUCGUGGAGGUCACGAAUCUAGAUGUAAUUGCACUUAUUUUAGUAGUAUUAUAUAUAAUUGUUAAAUUAAUUAAGUUAUUAACAAAAAUUGUAAUUAAGUUAUUGUGUAAACUGAAGGGAAAUAAAGUUAAAAGAGAUUAA